AUGGCGGGCGAACAGGGUGCCGGUGGCGGCAUAGAGAGCAACCGUCGCCACUUGUCGACAUCGACUCGAGCCAGCGCCGAGAACGAACCCAUUCAGGAGGCCGAGCCCCAGGCGGGCAAGCAGACUCAACAAGAAGAGACCAAGACACAGUUUCAACAGUCGUCACAAGACUCCCCCAGGGGCUUCAACCCACCCUCCAACACAUCAACACCUCAGACAGCGCCUUUGAUGGCGAGGGCAUCAUCCAACACCUCGACUUCCUCGACACCGAGUGCCCCGACGGACAGUUACUUUGGAAGCGUCCCUGAGGUCAAGGCUCCCGCCCCCCGGGUCUCCCGCCCAGUCGAGCCCCCAGUAACCAAGGUGACUUUGAGCGAGCUGGAUGUGUGCAAGAUCAUGCACAACCCCAAGUUGCGCCACGACAUCAACUUUGAUCCCGAACUGCAUUUCAGACCCAAUCUUGACGGAGAUAAGGGCAAGCGGAAACAGCACAAGGCCGACCUGUUUUGGAACACUCUGCAAGAGCAGCUCACCCAGUUUGUCAGGGAACCGGAGGCCUUCAUCGCAGCGCACGGCCAGGGAGACGAUUGGUGUCUGCCGUCCCUAUUGAAGGCGGUCAAGGAAAUCAUCCAAACCCUUGUACCCCAAAGGGACAGAGUGUAUCUGGAUGAGGGACUCAACGUCGACUUGCUGAUGCAGCAGUUCUACAGGGGCAUUGCCGACUUGGAGAAGCUCGCCCUGUGGCUGUCUAGAGUGCUCAAGUCACACUGCGCCCCGAUGCGCGACGAGUGGGUCGACCAGAUGUACUCGCAGCUGAGCAACGGCAACAGGACCAACAACGUGGAGGAGCUUGUCAAGGGCAUGAAGAGUCUUCUUAGUGUGCUGGAGGCUAUGAAGCUCGACGUUGCAAACCACCAGAUCAGAUGUCUCCGCCCCAUCCUCAUCGAGGGAACCAUCCCGUUUGAGCGCAAGUUCUUUGAGAAGAAGAUCCAGGGCAGCAAGCUCGACGUUACCCAGGCAAAUGCCUGGUACCGGGAUGCCGAGCAGAGGUAUAGCGGCUCUCUGUCGCCCAUCGCCGCUCACUCUUUUGGCGAGAUGUCGGUAUUUUUCGAGGCCAUCUCCCGGUUGAUCCUGCCGUCGGUAUCGGAAAAGGCGCUACCCAACACCUUUAUCUUUGACGAGGAGAGAUUCGUCAAGCUUCGUGCCGACAUGCAAGACGCUAUCAACCUGGAGGUUUGCAUGCGUAUGUACGACGACCUCGAGAGAGUUGGCCGAUUGAACGCCCCCCUCUUCGCCAGCUCCUUCUCGCAGUUUGACGACGAGCCCCGGAGCCGCCCCCUCUCCAUGACACCCGAUUUCAACUUCAACACGCCUCCAUCUCGUCCCUCGAGCUUGGCCUUCAGCUCCGCUGACUCGGCCACCUCGUCCCCGCGAUCCUCGCUAAUCCUCCCACCCCAGCCGACCUCAGAUCCCACGGAAUCUCUGAACAAGGCCCGGGACCUUUACAACUCUCUCGUCGCGCUCCUUCAUACCUCGCCGCCACCUCGCAGGCACGAGUCCCGCUGGGAGGCUAUUGCUCCUUCGUUGGCUCUUCAGAUCUUCCGAUUUACCAACGCCCCGGCCGACAUGCUACCAGUCUUCGAGUCCAAGCUCGCCUCGCACGUCUGCGACAUCAACAGCCCCCUCUUCCAAGAGGUUGAGCAGCACUUCCACCACAGACUCCUCACGGAGCUGCAAAAGCGAGUCCGGGAGUACCGUGGUCUGACGGGAGUUGGCCUCUUCUCGGUGGCCACUGGCGGCCGCGCUCACGGCGCAGGGCGGUCAUGGAGCAGCAGCCCGGAUCGCGAGGGUUCUGUCUCUGACAACAAUAGCAACCGGGAGUCUCGUGACGACGGCGGUAUCGAGGACAUGGCGACUCGCUUGGCACAUCUCGGCAUCCUUCACUGGAGAGUCUUUGCCGGCCUUGCAUACACGGAGGACGAACAGGCCGACAGUAUGAUGGAGAUGAAUCAGUUCUAG